CUAAGUCUUUGCUAUUUUCUGUUAAUGUUUACAUCAUCCUGCUGGUGAAGAGUUUUCCAGACAGCUGCAACGUAGAGUCAGGCUCAAAUGUGCGAAAGCUGAACUAGCAGGGAUUCAUGUGGAAUGGGUCACUAAUGGACGGGAACUGCAGAUUGCUCUGACGUUUGAUGAGGAACAAACUACUGAGUAGUUAUUGUGGCUUGGAUGAACACCAAGAAAAACUAUAAACAACUCUAAAUGUAUUUCAGCACUGUGACAAAAGUUGCCUGUGCAACAUCCUGCAGACUGAGAUGACAAUGUACUUAAGUGGGGUUGAGAUCUCAGGAAGGAUGCAGUUUUGUGAAUCUGUCAAUAGUUCCUGCAUAAAAAGCAGCUGGUCAAGCAAUAUACGUAUUUCCAUGUAUAUCUUCAUGAUGUGCAUCAUCCUGGCCACAUUGGCUGGAAAUCUGACUGUUAUCAUCUCAAUAGUGCACUUCAAGCAGCUCCAUACACCUACAAAUUUUUUGAUCCUUUCCAUGUCUACUGUUGACUUCUUAUUGGGGUGCUUCAUCAUGCCUUAUAGUAUGGUGAGGUCUGUUGAGCACUGCUGGUACUUUGGAGAACUCUUCUGCAAAAUCCACACUAGCAUAGACAUUAUGCUGAGCACAGCCUCCAUUUUCCAUCUUUCCUUCAUUUCUGUUGAUCGCUACUAUGCUGUGUGUGAUCCACUGAGAUACAAAUCUAAGAUCAAUACUUACAUCAUAGUCAUCAUGAUCGUCAUCAGUUGGACCGUCCCUGCUAUUUUUGCUUUUGGGAUGAUCUUUCUGGAGCUAAAUUUAAAAGGAGCAGAAGAGAUUUUCUAUAAUCACAUCCACUGCGUUGGAGGCUGUUUUGUCUUUUUCAGUGGAACUUCAGGUGUGGUGGCCUCCAUGAUUUCAUUCUACAUCCCUGGAUUUGUUAUGUUGUGCAUCUAUGGGAAAAUAUAUGCUAUAGCCAAGAGGCAGGCAAGAUCCAUUAAAGAUGCAACUAGUCAAACACAGAUCAGAUUUGAAAUGAAGCAUCACAUUUCUCGAAGCAGAGAAAGGAAAGCUGCAAAGACAUUAGGCGUAGUGAUGGGUGUUUUUCUCAUAUGCUGGUCUCCUUUUUUUUUCUGUACUGCCACUGACCCCUUUCUGAACUACUCCACACCACCUAUCCUCAUUGAUGCAUUGGUGUGGUUUGGUUACUUGAAUUCUACAUUUAACCCAUUAGUGUAUGCAUUUUUUUACAUGUGGUUUCGCAAAGCACUAAAGCUGAUUCUGUUUGGUAAAGUUUUCCAACAGGACUCUUCCAGAACUCGAUUAAUUUUAGAAUAACAUACUUAGAAUGUUUGGACUUGCUACAUUUAGCAAUUGGUUGGAGAUUGGGCUUACAAAGAUAACAGGAAAAGAGAGGGAAUCAUCAGCUGUUUGUUUACCCGCUUUUCCAGUCUGUUUCAGGUUGCAAACUGUGAUACCUUAAACCUUGUCUCAGUACAACAUAGAAAUUGCACCUAAUUAGACUCAGUGCUUUGGUUAUUAUUAUUAAUGAUUGAUUUAGUACUUACAAUGUGCUCAGCUCUGUACAAUACACAAAAGUAAAGAGGGAACUUGCAAUUUGAAAGGACAUUGCAUCACUUUGAAUGGAGAAAUCAUUUAAUUCUACUACUCUAAGCACUGUUAUCUUUAGGAAGGCCUGUCUCUCAUGUAUUAAGAAAGAAAACACACAACAGAUUUCAUUGUUGAAUGGAGGUUUGAAUGAAUCUACAACCCUCUGAGCAAAGCAACAAAGGGCUUGUCUUUUGAAUUUCCACCAAUGACCCAAAGAUGAAAGAGUAUAGCUCUUAUCAUAAAGCUCUGAUCCCUUCUAAUAUAGCUUAAUAUUUCUUAUGUGAUAAUUUAAGAUUCUAAUUGUAAAUGGGAUCUGAACAGUAUCAGAAGCAGAACUUCAGCAAACAGAACUCGGAAACAACACUUAAUACAUAGAGCGGGCCUGCACAACUCGGAAAGCGGUGAGGGCCAUAUUACUCCAAAGAAAACAGCUGCGGGCCGCAAGGGUAGGUUCGGGGGAGGGGGUGAUACUUUAUUAAGAAUUUUUCAGUUAAAUCAGGCCUG